AUGUUAAAGGAACAUUUCAAGAAACUCACAACCUCAGCCGAAGAGGUGCGAAUGGAGAGAAGCAAUGAGGAUCAACCCGUUUCGGAGGAUGAGGAUCGAUCGGAUUCCGAAGAAUCGGCCACCUUCGACGAAGCCAUCACCCCUCCUAGGACAAGAGAGGUCUCCGAGUCCCCCGUAACCCCAGCCGUCACCAGGCGCCACCGUCAGGAAUCCCCUCCGGCGACCCGGGGCCGCGAUGACCGCAGAGGGCGAGCCCGCGACACGGCUCCCGACACUCGACGAGCGGCGUCGCGACAUCCUAGGCGGAGACUUUUGCACGCCCUCCGUGAAGGGCAGCUCACCGCGGCUCAUGACGAAGACACCCCGCCGAGACAACAAACUUCUCGAGGACGACGAGAGGGGGGCCGAAGCUCGCGCGACUCGGGGCGCUCCGACACCCCUGGCCCUGACUCCUAUCGUCAUCGCGCUCCUUAUGUGCACGUCCAGUUGCCUGCCAACCCACGUCGCUGA